AUGGUCAAAGGCAGAGAUACCGUAAUCCACGAAUUCCACGACCUAGUCAACAUGUCCCCCAACGAACUCUGGGACUGGCUGCAGAAAGAACAAUCCCAAUCCUCCGGCUGGCAGAGCGAAUCCGGCGAGACUAUCGGACACGAGAGGUACUUUCCCGUUUCCCAAUUUGUCGCAUCUCCGGCUUCUGAAGAAGAUGGACUCAGCGGCCGUCGUAUCGCCGAUAUCCUCGCGCAUAAUCCUGACCGGGAUCCGGGGGGAUAUACCGAGCAUGACAUUGAGCAUAUGAGGAAGGUGGUGUCUUAUUGUAAGAGACAUUUGGCGCAGGAGGAGAAGGCGAAGAGUGAUACGGCGAGUAAGAGUUAUCGGUCGUUGAAGAAUUGGGGGCAUGAUGCACUGAAGGAGUAG